AUGCCUUCGAUCUCAUCAAAUAAAAAAUCUUCCACUCCUCCGGUCCCUUCGCCCUCGAAUCCGGUUCUCCUAGCUACCCAGUCUCAAUGGCUCUUCACAGAUUCAGAACUCCUCCGGUCGCCGUCAGUUCUAGACGGCAUGCCGAUCGAAUCAGAGCAUACCAGUCGGGGAAAGGGCGUCAACUUUAUUAUGCAAGUCGGCAUUCUACUAAAGCUUCCGCAGCUCACACUCUGCACGGCCAGUGUGUACCUUCAUAGGUUUUUCAUGCGAUACAGUAUGGUGGAUCUGCCACAACGGCCAGGAAUGCACCCUUACUCUAUCGCCGCCACAGCUCUUUUUCUGGCGACAAAGGUGGAGGAGAAUUGCCGCAAGAUGCGGGAAUUGAUAAUUGCUUGUUGUCGGGUGGCGCUGAAGCAGCCGAAUGUCGUGGUGGACGAGCAGUCAAAAGAAUUCUGGAAAUGGAGAGACACGAUCCUGCACAACGAAGACCUUCUCUUGGAAGCCUUAUGUUUUGAUCUUCAGCUCGAGCAGCCGUACCGACUUCUUUAUGACUUCCUGUGCUAUUUGCACCAGCAGGACAACAAGCCACUGCGAAAUUCUGCCUGGGCAUUUAUCAACGAUUCCAUUUUUACGGUCCUGUGCUUGCAAUUCACCUCCCGGACAAUAGCGGCGAGUGCACUGUAUGCCGCGGCCAGACACUGCGACGUCUCCUUUGAUGACGAUAUUCUUGGCCGUCCUUGGUGGGAACAAUUGGAUGUUGAGCUAAGAGAUUUGAAGCGAGCGUGCAACAGAAUGGCAGAGUUGUACGAAAGAUCUCCGCUUCCCAAGCCUGGACAAAAGUAUCCUUCUAUCCCGGGGAAUGAAGGGGACUCAACCGACAAAACGAGACAUGUUAUCUCUAGAGGGAAUGAAAAUGGCACAGAAGACGGUUACCCAGAUGAACGAAACGGAUCUCUAUCCCCUGGGGAGAUUAGUGAACGAAAGCGAAGCCGCGAGGCCGACAAUCUACCCUCUCCAAAACAAAAUCCUCUCCAGCAUACGCACAGCGUCUCUACUAAUGGAAGACUGAAUCAAGAGCAAGAACAACCAUCUCCAAAACGCCAGCGUCUUGAUGAUAACCAAACGACAGCUCCGAACUUUAGAAGCCCCCUCCCCCAUUCUCAAACACAACCGCGAUUCGAUUCACAGCCUAAAUCAAACCAAUCCUCCCAACCGUCCCUUACUAACGCGACAUCUACCCUUCACAUCUCCUCAAACAACAACUCUACGUCUCCUGAGACGGCAACACCAACAUCUACCACAAAUCCACCUCAACCUGAGACCACAAAUUUAAAUGGAACUUCCAAUCCAGAGCAUAGACCCCCUCCUCCGACUUCCCUAUCCGCUCCCACCACACCGAACGAUAAACCGCAAUCGUCACGCAUACCGGCCAGUUAUCAGCGUAAGAAGGAAGCAGCGUCGCCUCGGCCACCGGGUAAUAUCCCUCCCAAACCGCCACUGGACUAG